AACAUUCGCUCGCGUUUCCAUUCUCACCCCUUAUCGUCCAACCGAAGAAGACGCAUCACGCAAACCGCCGCCAGCACUAGAAAAGGAAGAAGUUUGGCAACAUUUUUAUUCGUGGCGACGUUUGCAAUCGAGCGCAAGGAAAAACCAUCUACACGCAGGAGUUAGUCACACCAGGACCCGGACUACCACCAUGACUACCACCCAGGAUGCUGGCUCGCUGGACAAUCUGCACCUGGCGCCGCUCCGUACGCUGAACGACUUUCUGCUCGAGUCGGCCCGCUUCCAGGUGCCCAACUUCCAGGACUGGGAGAAGUGGGGCAAGCGGGUGGUGAACAAUCUGCUCUACUACCAGACGAACUACUUCCUGAUGAGCGCGGCCGUCUUUCUGCUGGUCGGUCUGCUGCACCCCAUGAAGGUGCUCCUCGGCCUGACGGUGGUCGUGGCCCUGGUGUAUGUGUUCGUGCGGUUCUUCGCCCAGGAUGCGCGCCGCUCCGUGGGGGCCGACCCGAACCAGCAGCCGAACAAGUGGGCCGUUCUGGCCGGCACACUCGGUGGCAGCUAUCUCGUGCUGUAUCUGUUCGAUUCUGUGCUGAUUGUGGCGUUCGCCGUACUGCUUCCGUUCACGUUGACCUUCGUGCACGCAUCGUUCCGGCUGCGAAACAUCAAGAACAAGAUCACAAACGCAGUGGAAAUCGUUGGCGUCAAACAGUCGCCGAUGGGACAGUUUCUGGAGGCGAUGGGCCUGAUGCCGACGGCAUUCUAAACGAUGGCGCCUGCGGAAGACGAUGCAUUUUUCUGAUGUGGAGCUUGCUCUGUUGCUGUUGCGUGACCACGUGAUUCGGCCUCGUUUUAUGCGCACCCCGCUCGUGCACCACUAGCAUCCGCGCCCGCGUGAGAUUGUUUUAGGUUUCGUCAAGGAAUUUGCUAUUUAACCAUUAUUAUUAUUUUUUUGCACGGAUGGCACGGAGCUGGCAGGAGAUUUGUUUUAGCGUUUACACAAAUCACAGUCGCGAUACAGUAAGAAUUAGUAGUGGAGUGUUGAGAAAGACAGUGAACAGCGGAGAAAAACUAACCGAAAUUCUUCUUAUUGCGUCCAUCGUUCUGUAAAGCUGCUAGUCAAUGGCCGAAGAUAACUGUUUCCUUCAAAUCAAUAAUAAACGGAAGAUUAGUA